AGCUGCUGAUCCUCAAAAGACAGCGACGAUUGUGCUCGACUUGUCUUCGCCAUGUCUCUCAUGCUGCGCCGUGGUGUGGUGGUGACCCGAAGCCUGGCCCCGGCCGCCGUGUUCCGCCGAGGCUACCACGAGGCGGUCCAUGACCACUUCAACAACCCUCGCAACGUGGGAAGCCUGGACAAGGAGGACAAGAACGUGGGCUCAGCGCUGGUGGGCAAGGCAUCCUGCGGAGAUGUCAUCAAGCUGCAGGUCAAGGUCGGCAAGGAUGGCGUUAUCCAGGACGCCAAGUUCAAGACCUUUGGCUGCGGCUCCGCCAUCGCCAGCUCCUCCUACGCCACAGAGAUGAUUAUUGGACAGAACAUCGAUGAGGCAUCCAAGAUCACGAACUCAGACAUCUCCUCUCACCUGAAGCUCCCGCCCGUGAAGAUCCACUGCUCCGUGCUCGCCGAGGAGGCCAUCCAGGCGGCCAUCGAAGAUUACAAGGGCAAGCAGAGCCAGAGUGCAGCUGAGUGAGCUCGUAAGCCUCGGUCACGGGUCCUCCAAAAGGACUAGCAAUGAGUUUUCGAGCCUUCUGGAGGCCCACCCAAUGGGACUGAAAUCUGAGACUGGUGGAAUUUCCGCUGUGGGGAAAGUUCCCUUUUCCCCCCACUUGCUCGGGAUUUUGAUUCUCGGGCUCUGUACAGAGACCCUUUGGCAACAGACCGCCAUGC